GCGUCAGGUGCUGCAGGUGCUGCAGGUGCUGCAGGUGCGCUCACCUUUGACCCCGAUGCUAAAACAGAAGCUGUCGGUCUGGAUUCAAAGUGAUUUUAGUGCUUUUGAAGGCUGCGGGUCUAAAACGUGUCUGCGCCUCUGCAAACCUUCACCGAUGGGUGACCCUCCCCCGGCGUCUCGCGCUCUGAUUGGUGGAGCUGCUGCAGGGCUGUUUACGGCCCUGUUAUUGUUCCCAGCUGUGAAACACACCAUCAGUGUUUCUGCUCGCUCAUUGUUGUGUAACUUGUUAUUGAGUUUGAGAGACGUUUCAGUCCUAACGAAGCUUCGCAGACGUCCUGACUUCCUGUCAGAGUCCAGACUUUCUGCAGGUCUCACAGUCUGAGUCUCACAGACGGGUCAUUUAAUCAAUAUUUUGUUGGUAAAACUUAUUUAUUAUUGUUUACUUUUUGUGCUUCUGUGCAUUGAGCUGAUUUAGCUCCAGAAUAAAGUGCAUCAUUUUACGUUUUCUUUAGAUUGAGAGAAUUAAACAUUUUUAUCAUUAAAUAUCUUCUUUUAGCCCAAAUAAACACUGACUUUAUGAGAGAGAAACACUGCUGACAACUAGUUUUCAGAAGUUUAAUUAUUUGAAGGACUUUUUAAGGAAAAACAACAAAUCACAGCAGUUUGCAGGAACACUGGACCAGGUGACCACAGUUGUUGAUGCUGACUCACGUUUCCUUUUUUCAGCCCCGUUUUGAAGGAAAUGCACCAAAUUUAUAUAACUGAAUGCUUUUUAUUUUUCACAGUCAUUUUACGAGUGGAGCUCUUAUUUUGAAAGGCUCUGUGCAGCAGCUGAUGAUUAAUCGGUCACUUGUGAAAAAGCAUCCAUGCAUGCAUUUAGAGUGAAGUGGUUAAACGUCCGUCCGCGUCUCCAGCAGGGAGCAUGUGCGACCAGAGAAAGAUCCACGUCUUCCUCGGGGCUCCUCCGCCCGCCCGCAGCCCAGCCUCAGAGCCCGGAGCCGGGUUAGAGGAAGGCGAUCGUGCUCCUGCUCGCUGGAGACACCUGGAGCUCACCUGGAGGGACGGGCAGCUCAGACCUGCAGGUGAUCCUGGAAAUGAGAGCGGAGAGGCGAGUGUACACCAUGAUCCCACAAUCACUGAAGGCGAUCGGACAGGAAACAGAGACGCACAGGAAGGAGAGACAGGAAGUCUGAAGGAGGAUCUGUUUCAGGAGUCAGACGCCGGACGGGACGAUCAGCCAUCAGCUUCGGUCCACGAGUACCUGGACCGCUGUUUCCCUGCCGCCCAACCGGAUCAUCGAAAACCUAAACAACCGCCAGCCGCCGCACCUCUUUCCUCACAGACUCAUUACCUCGCCACCUGGACUCUGAGCCAGGCGUUGAUCCUGAGACGCAGUGUCCAAUCAGCAUCCAGCCCAGAGAAAACCCCGCCCAAACACACCCAAACUAACGCAGUGAAGUCGGGGCCGUCGGCGGGCGCCUCUGUGCCUUUAGCGUCUAUUGUAGUGACAGACCAAUCUGGCGUUGAGAUGAAGGUGGUGCUAUGGCGGCGGGCUGCAUUCUGGGCGUUGACUGUAGGUCCUGGAGACGCUCUGCUCAUCACAGCGCUGCAGGUGAACGAGGACAGGUGGAGAGGCGAGACGGUGCUGCAGUCGACCUUCAGCAGCAAACUGCUCAACGUGGGACAGAUCACUUCCUCCUCUUCACCACCAGUUUCCCAGCAGGUUAAUGCUCGCUCUCUCAGGUGUCUGUGCAGCUUUCUCCGAGAGCGCCGCCCCCUCUUGGUGUCUCUGCCACGCCGCCCCCCUCAAGACCUGAACCGCCUCCCCUACGCCACCCUGAGGUCACUGAGGGCAAACGCACUGGUCCACGCCCUGCUGCGAGUCACGCAUACACACAUCAGCCCAGAGUGGCGUGCUGAGGCGGAGUCUCGCAGCAGGUCGGCGGUUCAGCUGAAUGCUGUCCUGACUGUGGAGCAGCCGGAGGACCAGCAGGGGGCGGUGUUACUGUGGGGAGCAGCUGUGGACUGGCUGCCUCGCUUCAGCAGAGACAAAGGGGCUGUUUGGGACUUCCGUGUCCUCCUGGUAAGGCAGGGUCUGACCUCUGACCUUCUGGAGCUGCACUCCACCCCCUGGAGCACCAUUCAGACCGUGGACCCGACUGACCGCCGAGUGCAGGACUUCCUCCGGACACGACGGUGCCAGAAAGGAAACAGCGGCACUCCGGAGCUGGACUUGGACACGCUGCUGUCGCAGAAGUACAGCGGUGACGCGGAGCUCGGAGUCCAGGUCAUCACCUUCUGCUUUCAGGAUGCGCCGGCUUCCCAGAAUGCACCUCAGCCCGUCCUGGACGGCUCCACGUCACGGGAAGGCAUCACGGCGGCGCUGAGCGGUGACAUCACUUACACCGGCUGUGGGCGCUGCUCUGCAGAGCUCGACACAGACGCCAACGACAUCUACAGGCCGUGUUACCCCUGCCUGCCCCACACCGCUGUACGCCGCUACUACAGACCAGGUGUGCUGACAGUGAGUGGGCGGGGCUCCAUCCAGGUGUGUGUUCAGGUACCUCCUGAUCCUCUGCAGAAGAUCCUCAAGGCUCCGCCCGAUAAACUCCAUCGUAGCUCAGCUCCGGGGUCGGAGGUGAAACACAUCCAGGUGGCAGCAGAGAGGAUCCACACCCUCCUCUCCCUCCCGAGGAAGACCUUCAUCGCCACCAUCAGAAGCAACUUCCUGUGCGAUGAGAACAGCAUCCCCAUCAGUCAGGACUUCACGCUGCUGGACCUUCAGUUCCUCCCUGAACCCCGCUGACCUCACAGUGACUGCACACCUGAUGGCAGCUUUGGGAUCUGUCCUGAGGACAGGUGUGACAUAAGUAAAGAACAGGGCGGGGCUUAUCAGAGGUCAAAGGUCAAUAAAAACUCAUUUUCAAUGUU